CACACCGUGUUACCAUGUCAAUAUGUUCUGCUUACUUUUGACGGCGGACAAGCGGCGGUUCCACGGCGGCCGUUGCGGCGCCGCGGGCGUUUCCAUGACGGCGAGCAAACUUGAGCAAACUUUGAACGCGGAGUUCGGACGCCGUCGCAAUUAGCGCGAGCCGCAGCUCGAGACCAUGGCACGCCGCGCCUCGCUCGCGACGUGGGCGCUCGUUCUCGGCGUUUGCGUCGGCGCGUGCAGGUGCUACUUCUCCAUUCCCAUGAAGAUCUACACGGGGAGGGUGAACGUGUCGUCGGUGGUGGACCUGGUGCCCGUGAGGCGCGCGACGUCGGACGCCGGCGGCCUCUCCCUGGCCUCCGACCCCAGCGGCGCCGUCAACUUUCUGGACAUGGUCAACAACCUGGAGGGCGACUCCGGGAGAGGCUACUACAUAGAGAUGUCCAUUGGCAGUCCCGGUCAACAGCUGAACAUCCUGGUGGAUACGGGCAGCAGUAACUUUGCAGUGGCUGCAGCUCCACACCCGUUCAUCACUCACUACUUCAACACUGCACUUUCUAGUACCUACAGUUCAUCCAGCCGCACUGUGGCUGUCAAGUACACGCAGGGUAACUGGGAAGGUGAGCUGGGCGAAGAUCGCGUCUCCAUCCCCCAAGGCCCCAAUGGGACCAUCAUCAUCAACAUAGCCGCCAUCCUGUCAUCUGAGGGGUUCUUCCUUCCUGGGGUCAACUGGCAGGGGAUCCUGGGACUCGCCUAUCCUAUGUUGGCACGGCCCGACUCUUCUGUGGAGCCCUUCUUCAACUCCAUGGUGCGGCAGCUGGGAAUCCCGGACAUCUUCUCCCUCCAGAUGUGUGGCGCUGGCCUGUCGGCCAGCAGCACGGCGGACCCCGCGGGGGGCAGUCUUAUCUUGGGAGGGGUUGAACCAACUCUGUAUCGUGGAUCCAUCUGGUACACGCCCAUACUAGAGGAGUGGUACUACCAGGUGGAGGUGCUGAAGUUGGAGGUUGGGAACCAGAAUCUGAACCUGGACUGCAGAGAGUAUAACAAGGAUAAAGCCAUAGUUGACAGUGGAACGACGCUACUGCGACUUCCUGUCAAUGUCUUCAGUGCAGUGGUAGAAGCCAUCACACGCAGCUCUCUGGAGUUUUCUUCUGGGUUCUGGGACGGCACCAAGCUUGCAUGCUGGCUGAAGGGAGAGACCCCCUGGAGGUUCUUCCCCAAGCUGUCAAUCUAUCUGAGGGCCACAAACUCCAGCCAGUCCUUCCGCGUCACCAUCCUGCCCCAGUUGUACAUCCAGCAAAUUGCAGACGUGGAUGGAACUCUGGACUGCUUUCGCUUUGGAGUGUCUUCGUCGGCCAAUGGCCUGGUGAUCGGCGCCACCGUCAUGGAAGGCUUCUACGUGGUGUUCGACCGCGCUCGCAAGAGACUGGGCUUCGCCCUGAGCAACUGUGCAGUGAACGCGGGCGCGUCUCUGUCGGAGCUCGCGGGGCCCUUCUCGGCGGCCGACGUGGCGGCCGACUGCUCCGGCGGCUCGCUGCGGGAGCCGCUGCUGUGGGUCAUCUCCUACGCGCUGAUGGCCCUCUGCGCCGUGAUCCUCGUGGCCCUGCUGCUCCUGCUGGUCCUGCCCUGUCGGCGCAGGGACCGCUCCGGGGAGAUCACGGACGAGUCGUCGCUGGUCCGCCACCGCAUCAAGUGACUGAGAAGAAAGGGACCGGCGAACAGGGCAAACGGGCACGCGGAGAGUGAGCAGAACCCGUCAACGGAGUUGGAGGUUUAAUUCUGACUGAAGGCAUCAACUUGGCCCAGGGAGGUGGACCCAGACUGAUCAGCUGCCUCUUAAAGGGAAAAUGCACCCUGAAAAUACACUGUAUAAACAGCAGCUGAUGUAGUCAUGA